AUGUUCAAGAACCUCCUCUCGUUCGCCCUUCUGGCGAUCAGCGUUGCCAACGCUCAGAUCGUCAAUUCUGUCGAUACCAUGACCCUCACCAACGCGAACGUCAGUCCCGACGGUUUCACUCGAGCUGGUAUCCUCGUCAAUGGAGUUCACGGACCUCUUAUUCGAGGUGGAAAGAACGACAACUUUGAGCUCAACGUCGUUAACGACUUGGACAACCCCACUAUGCUUCGGCCUACCAGUAUCCAUUGGCACGGUCUCUUCCAACGAGGGACCAAUUGGGCUGAUGGUGCAGAUGGUGUCAACCAGUGCCCGAUCUCUCCAGGGCAUGCUUUCCUCUACAAGUUCACUCCAGCUGGUCACGCCGGCACCCAAUACUGCGAUGGUCUCCGUGGUCCAAUGGUCAUUUACGACGACAAUGACCCACACGCUGCCCUCUACGACGAGGAUGACGAGAACACCAUCAUCACUCUCGCCGAUUGGUACCAUAUCCCCGCUCCCUCCAUCCAGGGUGCUGCUCAGCCCGACGCUACGCUCAUCAACGGCAAGGGUCGCUACGUGGGCGGCCCAGCUGCUGAGCUUUCGAUCGUCAAUGUUGAGCAAGGCAAGAAGUACCGCAUGCGUUUGAUCUCGCUCUCCUGCGACCCCAACUGGCAGUUCUCCAUUGACGGACACGAGUUGACGAUCAUUGAAGUCGAUGGUCAGCUCACUGAGCCGCAUACUGUUGACCGUCUCCAGAUCUUCACUGGUCAAAGGUACUCCUUCGUUCUCGACGCCAACCAGCCAGUGGACAACUACUGGAUCCGUGCUCAACCAAACAAGGGUCGAAACGGACUUGCUGGUACCUUCGCCAACGGUGUCAACUCGGCCAUCCUUCGCUAUGCCGGCGCUGCCAACGCUGAUCCAACCACCUCCGCCAACCCCAACCCCGCCCAACUCAACGAAGCCGACCUCCAUGCUCUCAUCGACCCCGCUGCUCCCGGUAUCCCCACUCCGGGUGCUGCAGACGUCAACCUCCGAUUCCAAUUAGGCUUCAGCGGCGGUCGAUUCACGAUUAACGGAACUGCGUACGAGAGCCCGAGUGUUCCUACGCUCUUGCAGAUUAUGAGUGGUGCGCAGAGUGCGAAUGACUUGCUCCCUGCUGGAUCCGUCUACGAGUUGCCCAGGAACCAAGUCGUUGAGCUUGUUGUUCCUGCUGGUGUCCUCGGUGGUCCUCAUCCUUUCCAUCUCCACGGUCAUGCGUUCAGCGUCGUCAGGAGUGCAGGCAGCAGCACCUACAACUUUGUCAACCCCGUCAAGCGCGAUGUUGUUAGUCUUGGUGUUACUGGAGACGAAGUCACCAUUCGAUUCGUCACCGAUAACCCAGGCCCGUGGUUCUUCCACUGCCACAUCGAAUUCCAUCUCAUGAACGGCUUGGCGAUCGUCUUUGCUGAAGACAUGGCAAACACGGUUGAUGCUAACAACCCGCCUGUCGAGUGGGCCCAGCUUUGCGAGAUUUACGAUGACCUGCCGCCUGAGGCGACCUCGAUUCAAACCGUUGUGCGUCGCGCUGAACCCACCGGCUUUUCGGCCAAGUUCCGCAGGGAGGGUUUGUAG